AAGAUUUUUCAAGACCGAAAGCGAACCAGUUAAUCCAUCUCAUAUAUAUGUAAGCAAAGGCGCAUAUAAAUCUUUUUCUAAAAGUGACGGAGCAACACAAAAUGUUGACAUUUAUGAACAGAAGCAACUAGUGCAGAAAUCAGAAAUGACUGACAUAUCAAAGACUGAAAGCAAACCUAACACUGGGCAGUUUAAAGCCUUGGCACAAACGGAUUUUUUACCACGAUAUAAGUAUCAUCGGUCUCUUCUGGACUGGUUUAGCACUGGUCUUCAAGCAGUUCAAAAUUUUCCAGUACUGAAAUUCAGAGAAUGUCCGAUUAUUGUCGGAGGAGAAAUCCAUGCAGAAAAUCUGUCAUUUCUAAUUGAUAAAAACAUUCAAAGCAGUGAAAUUCCACUUACUGAUGUGGAGAAAGAUUCAUUAGAAGGGGCUGAUAUCUUGGUGGUGUAUUUUUGGAACAAUACGACAGAGAAUAUAUUUCGCAACUUUACGAAUUUUGCCAAAACCUUUCCCUUUAAAGCGGGAACCCUUCUAUUUGUGAUGCAAUGUGACGGCAAAGCUGAUGAAAGUUUGAAAUCAACUUUAUUACAAUUAGUUUCAACUGCGAGAAUGAAUGUUGAUUUUGUUGCAAAACGCCGUUGUGAAGUCAUUACAAAAAUGACGUGCACAUUGGAAAAAAGAAUUCUUGAUGUAUUGGAGGAAGCACAGAGAAAUCUCUAUGAACUACCCUUAACAGAAAACGUUGAUACAAGCUUAUGGGAAGUACGGGCAAUAAUCAGGCGACUUAAGCAAGCGGCCUGCUACCCUCAUCUCCUCCCAGAAAUGGACCAAUUUUUUAAAAGAGGAAGAAUAGAAGAUUUGCUUCAAAGCUUUGGAAACAGAAUUCUUUGGCAUGGAUAUGACGGUGAUUCGUUACAUAUCAUUACAAAUGAUAUGAGUGUACAAGAGAUGAUUGAGAAUACUCUCUCUGAGCCAGAAUUUGAACAUAUAAAGCAUUCUAUAAAGAUGCAAGACGAUCUUUCAGUACAACUUCUAGCCAAAACUGGAGAACCAUUGCAUGGAGCAAAGUUUGUUUACGUGAACAAUGGCGUAAAUGCUUUUCUUCAAGAUAAAAAGUUUGCAACGACAGGAAGUCUUAUGAUUGCUAAUGAUUCUGUACUGGUAGUUGUAACAUCUCGGCAUGCAUUCAGCAAUCAAGAAAAUAUCUACGUUCUUAUUGAUGAAUCGGUUGUUAGACUUGGACAAAUGACCAUAAAUUCUCAACAUACAAUGGAACGUUUAUGUGAAGAUAUAUCACUUGUUGAAUUAGACCCAGGGGUAAUUUCAGUUGUAAAUGAGCGAUGUGAGAAACUUCUCAUCGACGCUUCUGAGCUCCCUACUCCUGGACGAAUUUCUCCAAGAGAACUUAAAGUUGGUGAUCUAGUUCACAAGAGAGGAGCCAAAACUGGGCUUACCACCGGUAUUGUGAAGUCUGUUCAAAUAAGCAAACUUGGCGGUUAUCAAAUUGAAAGUCCAGUCAUUCAAAUCUGUGGAAGGGGAUCCAAACCAUUUGCAGGAGAGGGUGAUUCUGGAUCGCUAGUUUUCCAACACUCUCUGUCUCCAGAUGAAAAUAUUUUAGACGUUCUGGCUAUGGUACAAAGUAAACUAAAUGUCCCGAUUCCUAAUGCACCAGUUGUUUGUUUUCCAUUCACGAAAGGCUGUGAGACACUUUAUAGAAUUGUACCAAUGUUACAAUCUCUGCAGUUUAUCAACGUCUGAAGAUUUGGUUUCAAAAUGACCUUAAAAAGAGAACUGUGCACUUCUCGAACUCUCCCGAAAACACACUUAUUUAAAAGAAAUGCAUUUUGUGAGUUUAAAGACCCUAGGAAUUCUUA